AAAUGAAUAUAUAUAUCUAUGAAUUUAUAUACGUAUCACUGUGAACCAACAGAAGCAAGAAGAGAACUCAACCAUCGGGGCUGGUCUCUGAUUCCGAGAUCAUAUACACUAUUUUUAUUAUAUUUCCAAACCUUUUGCAUCGACCGGAGGAAGACCACCAAGCUUUUUCUAUUUUUCAUCGCCCUGUUGCUACCUACUCGUCUCAUCUUUUUCUCAAUCGGGAGGAACAAAGAGGAGGAUAACAGGGUUCGUGAAGAUUCCUGCUGCCGUUCCGUGAGCCGAGCUGCACUGCGCGCUGCGUUUGAUCUGAGCAGGCAGCAGCAGCAGCAGUGAGAUAGAAAGAGACAGAGAGCGCCGCACCGCGUGAACUAGCCAGCAUGCACAAACAUCACCACUGCUGCAAGUGCCCAGAAUGCUAUGAAGUGACCCGCAUGGCCGCCCUGCGCAGGAUGGACGCCCCGGCAUAUGGAGACUGGCAGCCCGAACCCUACGGCUACCCAGCUGGCUAUGGAGGCGGCCAGACCUUACCACCCCAAACCUCGGGCGGAGGAGGGGGAAUGGGUGGAGGGGGUACAUUGGGAAGAAGUAAAGGGAAAAUGAUGUCAGCUGGGGGUCCUGGAGGCCCCAACCCCAAGAGCCAAUCCAAGGGCGUCCCCAAGGUGAACGGUAACAGCUCAGGAGGCCAAGGAGGAUGGUGGCCCGAGUGCACCUGUUCCAACCGGGACUGGUACGACCAGGUGAAUGGGAGUGAUGGCAUGUAUAAAUAUGAAGAAAUCAUUUUGGAAAGGGGCAACUCUGGCCUCGGGUUCAGUAUUGCUGGAGGUGUGGAUAAUCCACACAUUCCUGAUGAUCCAGGAAUCUUCAUCACCAAGAUUAUCCCAGGUGGUGCUGCCGCCAUGGAUGGGAGACUAGGGGUAAAUGACUGUGUUCUGCGGGUGAAUGAUGUGGACGUGUCAGAGGUUGUGCACAGCAACGCAGUAGAGGCUUUGAAGGAGGCCGGCCCAGUGGUCAGGUUGCUGGUACGCAGAAGACAGGCUCCUCCUGAGACCAUUUUGGAGGUCAACCUACUCAAAGGGCCUAAAGGUCUCGGCUUCAGUAUUGCUGGCGGUAUAGGCAACCAGCACAUCCCGGGCGACAACAGUAUCUACAUCACAAAGAUCAUCGAAGGUGGGGCGGCACAGAAAGAUGGACGUCUGCAGACAGGCGAUCGCCUACUGGCUGUGAAUAACAUUAUACUUCAGGAUGUGCGUCAUGAGGAGGCUGUGGCCGCCCUGAAGAACACUUCAGACAUGGUCUAUCUGAAAGUGGCCAAGCCGGGACCAGUACAUCUCAACGACAUGUACGCCCCACCAGACUACUCUAGCACCUUCCCCACCAUGGUGGACAACCACGUCGGACACAACUCCAGCAUGGCCUACAUGGGAGGCAUGGAGCCUAAACCAGUGUACCCGCCGCCCCAGGUCACCCCCUCGAGGUACUCCCCAGUCCCACGCCACAUGCUGGGGGAGGAGGACUUCACCAGGGAGCCGCGGAAGAUCCUGCUGCACAAGGGUUCUACAGGUUUGGGAUUCAACAUUGUGGGUGGCGAGGAUGGAGAGGGCAUCUUCGUGUCUUUCAUCUUGGCAGGUGGGCCAGCCGACCUGAGCGGAGAGCUGAGGAGAGGAGACCGCAUCCUAUCGGUGAAUGGUGUAAACCUGCGCAAUGCUACCCAUGAGCAGGCUGCUGCUGCACUGAAGAGGGCUGGACAGACGGUGACCAUCAUUGCCCAGUACAGACCAGAAGAAUACAGUCGUUUUGAGUCCAAGAUCCACGACUUGAGGGAGCAGAUGAUGAACAGCAGCAUGAGCUCUGGCUCCGGCUCCCUCCGCACCAGUGAGAAACGCUCCCUCUACGUCAGGGCUCUUUUUGACUACGACAGGACAAGGGACAGUUGCCUCCCUAGCCAGGGCCUGAGUUUCUCCUAUGGGGACAUCCUGCAUGUCAUCAACGCCUCCGAUGAUGAGUGGUGGCAGGCACGGCUGGUUACACCCCAUGGGGAGAGUGAGCAAAUUGGUGUCAUACCAAGCAAGAAAAGAGUGGAAAAGAAAGAGCGUGCACGGUUAAAAACAGUCAAGUUCCACGCAAGGACGGGCAUGAUUGAGUCCAACAGGGACUUCCCAGGGUUAAGCGAUGACUUUUAUGGAUCAAAGAGUUUGAAAUGCUUGACGUCCAACACCAGUGACAGUGAAAGCAGCUCCAAGGGUCAGGAAGACACAAUUCUCUCAUAUGAGCCAGUAAUUCGACAGGAGAUCCAUUACACAAGGCCUGUGAUUAUCCUGGGUCCAAUGAAGGACAGAGUAAACGAUGACUUGAUCUCAGAGUUUCCCCACAAGUUUGGAUCCUGCGUCCCACAUACAACUCGUCCUCGACGAGAGAAUGAAAUGGACGGCCAGGACUACCACUUUGUGGCUUCAAGGGAGCAAAUGGAGAAGGACAUUCAGGACAACAAAUUUAUCGAGGCCGGCCAGUUCAAUGAGAAUCUGUACGGGACCAGCAUCCUGUCUGUCCGGGCAGUGGCUGAAAGGGGUUUCUUUUAUCCUCUUGUAGGGAUAAAGCGACUGCAGCAAGCACAGCUCUAUCCAAUCGCCAUUUUCAUCAAGCCAAAAUCUGUGGAGGCCCUAAUGGAAUUGAAUAAGAGGCAGACAUAUGAGCAAGCCAGUAAAGUCUUUGAUAAGGCAAUGAAGCUCGAACAAGAGUUUGGAGAGUAUUUCACAGCCAUAGUCCAGGGUGACUCGCUAGAUGAGAUCUAUAAUAAAAUCAAGCUGAUCAUAGAGGAGCAGUCAGGCCCUUACAUCUGGAUCCCGUCCGCAGAGAAGCUCUGAGCUCGCCGCCUCCACGGAGCCCCCCCACCUGACCCCCACUCCCACCCGACACCUUUCCUUCCCUUUCACUGAUAUGUUUCAUAUCAAGUUUUAGUGUCAUCAUUAUGUUACCCUCAAUUGAAAGACGUCUCAUCACCAUUACUGUGACUGUGCACACCCCUGCAUGAGUUUCUCAGCAAUUCCAUUCAAGAUUGGAAAUGCCAUUCCUAAAGAAAUUUUUUGUCAUGUAAAACAAAAAAGGGAAACCUGAGCGGAUCCUUUCGUGCGUUUCGGACGGACUUGGAGAUGAGAAUGUCUCAACAAAGCGAGAAUGGGGAGCCGGGGAGUUGGAGAUGGUGGCACAAGCGGGAACCUUGUAUAUGUUCAUUUGAUUUCAUGGAAAGACGUUUGAGGAUGCUGUGCGAGGUUUUUUUAUGAGGACUAGAUACAGUUCAAACCUGCUGAUGGUACCGUCACUGCUCAUGUUUCUAACGGAUAAACUUCAAAACAGAACUCACAAACCAGCUCGCUUUACUCGAUCGGUUGCCUGGCCGUUUGUAUGGCGACGCGUUCGAAGGCAGAACAAAAUGGAAAACGGGGUUUGAGUCUAUACAUUUCUAUUACUGAAAUCACAUGGAAAAUAAAAACCCUACGGAGAGAUUUUACUACAUAAUACAAAAUGAUACGGUACACAUUUUACACUUCACUAGAAUUGUCUACUCGGAGGGCUGUUAGAUUUCAUUUUCUUGUCUUUGGGUUUUGUUCUUUCUUUCUUGUGGUUUUAGCUGCUCUGUAUUAAAGAUGGGGGUAGAGAGGUGUAACUGGGCUCUCUGCAGACCACCAAACUGCCUUACGAUGAAUAAACGCUUCUGUCAAAUUCCUGUCAAUCGUGGGGGGGGGGGAAACGAUACAAUAUUCAACCUAUCAGUGCUUAGAGGGAGACUCGAUUUUAGUGCUAUUUGUGAGUUUCCCGUCAUCCUAUUGGAGGCCUAACUUGUGAGUGCAAUAGACUUAAGUGUCUUACCUCUGUGAAAUCCUUUUUUGCAAAGCUUUUUUUGUCUUAAGCAAAAUCCAAUUUCGGCCGCCAUUGGAGUUGUUGAAAAGCAGACAGCCCACUUGCACUUCCUCUGCCUUCCAUGACUAUAUUCUCUUCAGACUGAACGGUAACAAGGUACUGUCCUGUUAGCUGCCCAGGAGCGCAGACUUAAAACGGGUAGAAUCAAGACAAUAAUUGUAUUGGAUGUCCUUCUUGAUAUUAAAGCGUUAGUGGAGCCUGAAAUUGACCGUUUUCCCCAGAACUCGACGAUGGUUUGAUUAAAUCUGUUCUUUGUAAUGACAGCUUUUUAACAAUUUUUUCUUCUGCUCCUUCAUUUCCGGGCUGAUGUUUACUUCACUGUGUUGAGCCUUGUGCCGGGGCGAGCUUGGCGAGCUCAGGAAUCUGAUGGAUAAUUACUACAAUUUUUUUUUUUUUUUUACAAUACUAAAGGGCCGCGAUCAUAUUGUGAUGGAAUAGAGUAUGAACUCAAAUGGGAUGAUUUUCUCUCCUCUAACUGAACACCCAGACAUGCGGAUAUAUUAUACUUGUGUAUUCUAAAUAUUUAGUCCUCCCUUUUUUAAAAUUUUUUAUUUGAAACACUUUGUAAGCACUAUGUCUGUGGUCACCCUUGGGUUCAGCCGGAGGGAACGGGAUCGCGACGGAACAGGAUACAGAAGUACAGUACUUCCUUCGAUCUUUCUUUCUGUAUCAAGAAGUCUGGAUCCCGCAGGAAGCGAGGGAAGUUCUUGGGCCCACUCUCUUCCCCCGCAGGCAUUUUCUAAACCGGUGCGCUCACCUGCCAAGCGUCUCUGCGAAGUCAGCUGUCAUACCUGUGUCAAAACCAGAGUUCAGGGAAUAAUCGAAGGGAACAGAGCCAUUUAUAAACUGCUUACAGACUGUUUUAAUGGGUAUGAUCGCUGUAAAGUGUAAAUAUCCCCCUCACUUGUGCUUCAUGCAUGUGUGAUACAACUGGGACAAACAUGUUUUAUAAAUCACAAAUGUCAGGUAAGUAAAUUUGAAUUUAUUCUGAGAUUAAUUUCCAUACAAAUGUGCCGUAACGUUGGUAUUUCUCUAUAGAAAAAAUAUCUUCAGCUGCCUAUCAACAUUUUUUUAGUGAGUCGGGAACAGCUUCCCUACAAUACGGCCUGUCUACUUGUGAUAUCUUGUGGAACUUGUCUGAGUGUAUAGAUGAAAAACAAAUGUAAAAAUAUAUAUAAAUAUAAAUA